GCGAACGUGUGAUCGCGAUCCCCCGGUGCUUUCUCUUUCUCACCGCCCCGGCUUCGGCGCCGACGAGGACGACGAGGAGGAGAAGUCAGCACUGGAGGGAAGCUAUGGCGACGCGAAGACGAAACAGACUGGGCUUAUGUGUGCUGUUGGCCGUUGCCGUUUUCGCGGCCAUCGCCAUCGUCUCCAUCGAUGCAGCGCCGAAGGCCCCCUUGGACGAGGUCACGCACAAGGUGUACUUCGACGUGACAAUUGGCGGGAAAGACGCGGGAAGAAUAGUUUUCGGCCUGUUCGGUAAGACAGUGCCGAAGACAGUGGAAAACUUUCGCGCGCUUUGCACAGGAGAGAAGGGAGUGGGCAAGUCGGGCAAGCCGUUACACUACAAGGGCUCGCCUUUCCACCGCAUCAUUCCAGGGUUUAUGAUUCAGGGCGGUGAUAUUACGAUGGGCAACGGAAUGGGAGGGGAGUCGAUCUACGGCGAAAAGUUCAAGGACGAGAACUUCAAGCUGAAGCACACAGGAGCGGGCAUCCUGUCGAUGGCGAACGCGGGAAGGCACACAAACGGCUCUCAGUUCUUCAUCUGCACAGUCACGACAAGUUGGCUCGAUGGCCGACACGUGGUGUUCGGUAAGGUCAUCAGCGGCAUGGACGUGGUCUACAAGUUGGAGUCGGAGGGCUCCCAAGAAGGCACUCCCAAGCGCAAGGUGCUCAUCUCCGACAGCGGGGAACUCCCUCUCUAAGGUGUUUAUUCCCGCUCUAUGAGGCACUGAGCACCAGGAGGCACUGAGCACCGACGUGAAUAGACAAAGACACGCGUGCGUUUGUCACGUGGUGUUCGGUAAGGUAAUCAGUGGCAUGGACGUGGUCUACAAGGUGGAGUCGGAGGGCUCCCAAGAAGCUACACAUCUCUAAGGUGUUCAUUGCCCCUGUACAGAGGCACUAAGCACCGACGUGAACAGACAAACAACACGCGUUCACGCACACGCGCAGAGCGACCGGCCCGCGCUUUUGCACGCACACACUCCAACGGUAUUGCUACUACCGUAAGCAUCCUGUAUUUCAGCAGAUAAAGAUUGAUCUAAAAUUAUGUUUUUUGUACGUGUAGGGGAAGAGACGGUAGUUAGGGUUUCGGAGAUGAGGAGGAACAGUUAUUGUAACAGCGUCGUUAAGUUUGGUGGAGGUGUGCACUGUGUCUACUUUUGCAGAAGAUGGUGUAGUUGGCUUUUAUACGGCGAGCUCUGCUUCUGAGCGGCCAGAUGUGAGACAUUUAUUUUUUUUGCGGACUAGAAAAGAGGGGCCGUUUCAGAAUAUCGAGGAUGUCAGGUUCCCUUGAGUGGGAUCUCUUGCAGACGGUGGUGGUAUAUAAUCGUAAAAUGGAUCGUGUCUAACAAUCAUCGUGUAUGAAUGAGAGGCGAAUUCUCAUUACCUAAUGACAGAUGAGAUCUGGAUUCCAUGAGCAAUUCGAUACUCCUUGCCUAUUUUUUCGUUACCUGAAUCUCUUACCUUCCUCCUCGUUCUUGCCGAUGCGGUGAUUGAAUCUCUUUGCAGUGUUGGAAGUUAUCUUCAUUGUCAUGCCUUUGGCUUUCGUUCCUCCCACUCUCUCUCUCACACCUCCCCGCCUCCGCCGCCUUCUUUCCCGCCGCUCCCUCGUCCUCUCUCCUCCUCUCUCUUCCUCGCGUCCACCUCUCUCCUCAUUUCCCUUCCUCUCCUCUCCUCUCUCCUCAUUUCUCCUCCUCUGUCUUCUCCACCUAUCGUGAAGGGCGUGCGAGGGCUCGUUGUAGCAUUUUGCUUGGAAUGCCAUGGGAAUGACGAGUCGGUGGGGAAGGAGGAAGAUUGCGCUCACGUAGUGCAGGCGAAAGAAUGAUGCCACGGUGAUGAUGAACAUGGAGAUGCACAUGAUGAUAAUCCACGGUGAUGAUGAUCAUAUCAACUGAGGCUAGUAUGAAGGUGGAUGGGACGACUAUUUAUGGAGCUGUGGAUGGGGAUGAUGACGGAUGAUUGGUGAUGGAAUAUACCGACGACGAUGAUAAUGAUGAUGACAAGGAUGCUGCUGCUGCUGCUGAUUAUGACGAUAAUGAAUGUUAAUGACGAUA